AUGGCGUCGCUCCUCCGGCGCAUACCUUGGAGCGGCCGGGCGUGGAAGCCUCUCAGUUUCUCGAAUACCAAUUUCCCGCGGCUCCCAACACAGCAGAGGAUAGAAGAAGAGCUGUUCCCAGAUUACGUUGCCUCACGUUACUACCCAGUCCGCAUCGGUGAGAUUCUCAAAGACCGGUAUCAAAUUGUCGGCAAGCUGGGAUUUGGAGCUAGUUCAACCGUCUGGCUCGCGCGUGACCUUGAUGGUCGCCGACACGUCGCAUUGAAGCUCUAUGUUCACUCAGGUUCUAUGGGUAAACAAUUGGAUCAUGAAUUUUUAAUGUACAAGCGCAUAUCCGGGUCUCCGGCAAGGCAUCCCGGCCGCAAUGGCAUCAGAGAACUUUUGGACUCCUUCGAUGUUGUCGGGCCCGACGGAAGCCACCGAUGCCUGGUACAUCCGCCUCUGUGGGAGAGCGUUCUGGCAUUCCUCCACCGCAACCCAGUGAAAAGGCUGCCCGCGCUAGUCCUGGCUUUCAUUCUGCAUCGCCUCUUUCUUGCUCUGGACUUCCUGCACACAGAAUGCCAGAUUAUUCACACCGAUAUCAAAGCUGAUAACAUAAUGUUCGGAAUAGAGGACGAGUCAGUCUUCCGUACCUUCGAGGAGCAAGAACUUGUCGAUCCAUCGCCGCGGAAAAUUGUUCACGACAGAGUCGUAUAUCUGUCGCGCGAGCUCCAGAUGCCAAAGAACUGGGCCGCACCGGUUCUGUGCGACUUUGGUUCGGCUGUGGUCGGGAAUCAAGAGCAUACCGAAGAUGUGCAGCCCGAUAUAUAUCGAGCGCCGGAGGUCAUACUGGAAGCACCGUGGUCUUAUCAGAUUGACAUCUGGAACACGGGUUGUAUGAUCUGGGAUCUCUUUGAAGGUGGCCACCUAUUUACGGGGUAUGAUCCAGAGCACCAGACCUAUCGAAGUCGGGCACACCUUGCCGAGAUGAUCGCACUGCUGGGGAGCCCCCCGAAGACGCUUCUCCGUUCAGCAAAGUCUUCCCAGAAGUUCUUUAGCGAAUCAGGAGACUUUCGUGCCGACAUACCACUCCCUGAUCAUGUGUCGCUUUCGGACAAGGAGACGAGCUUGGAAGGAGAAAGCCAACAGAAGUUCCUGGCCAUGAUGGGAGAAAUGUUGCAAUGGAACCCUUUGAAUCGUGCGUCGGCUAAAACGUUGGCAGAAAGCGAGUGGAUUAAAGAGAAUAUGUAG